AAUUAACGUCAGAUUUGAUUUUUCGUAGCGGGUUAGGAUAACUACUGUAGCAGAUUAUAAUAUGUUGGUUAAGAUUACAAAAAGGGUUAGGGUUAGCUAAAAUGCACACACAAAAAUAAACUUUUGACGAAAACUGGAUCCCUUCUAGUCAUGGCCGUGUUUCUCCCACGGUGACAUGUCUAAAAAAAUGCCAGUUGCAUUACUUCGUUUUCACUUUCUAAAAUUUUAAUCAGCGAUUGUAGUUUUUGUUUUAAUUAAUAAUGAGUUUUUCUAACAUUAUUGUAUUUUUUUAUUAUUAUAAUUGAUGUUAAUGGUGUCGUGCAGGCGCGGGUGCAGCUGGGGUCUUUGCGGUUGGAAAAAGCGCCAAGUCCUGCGCACAUCGCGUGGUUUAUCAAAUGGUCAUACAAAUAUACUAUGUAAUUGAAUAAGUUAUCGCAGAAAUCGAAAAUAAAGUACAACAUGACUCAGUAAGUGUGGAGCGCUGUUGUGUUGGCUGUAUCAUCAAAUACUAAAUACGGUCGAAGAUGCCCGGCCUACAGGGCGAUGCCGCGGCUCUCGGGAGCCCCAUCAAAAAGAGCAAACUCUCCCUGAAGUUUUUCCAGAAGAAGGAGACGAAGCGAGCCUUGGACUUCUCCGAACCUCAAGUAGAGGAACCAAAACCAGUCAGAGUUGAACCUGAGGAGCCUUCAAGGAUGGGGCGAUUAAACAACUGAGUCCCGUUCAAUUUCAAUUGAGCUGUGACCAGGUUGUGCCAAUCCCACUGCCUGGACCUGCCCCGUGUCCAACCUCUCCCAUCUGCCCAAGUGACAAGGGAGAGGAGACGCUGGUGCCCUUUGUUGGGCUCAAUAACCUGGGAAACACCUGUUACCUGAACAGCAUUCUACAGGUAUUGUACUACUGCCCUGGGCUCAGAGAUGGCAUCAAGAACCUCUACAGUUUGUCCAAAACAAGGGACAAGCAAAAGGAAGAGGCUGCUAAUAGUGAUGAGCAGACAGAGGGUCCAGAGGAGGCGGUGCCAGUACACAUGGAACUGCUGGGUAGUUUCCACAGUCUGAUCACCUCGGUAGAGCAGCUCCAGUCCAGCUACCUGCACAACCCUGACAAGUACAGUGAUGGGGAGCUGGCCACACCUCCACGCAAACUACUAAACACACUCAGACAGCUGAACCCCAUGUACGAAGGCUACCUACAGCACGAUGCCCAGGAGGUGCUGCAGUGCAUCCUGGGAUACAUCCAGGAUGCCUCUGAGACCAUCAGGAAGGAACAGGAGGACCAGGACGAUGUCAUAGAGGUCAAGCCAGGCAGUUCUGCCCCUGUGGGCACCAACGGGGCUUCAACAGAAGAGCAGGCCCAAACUUCAGAAACAUCACUUGAUGAUGAUGAUGGCCAAACCAGUGGUAAGAGGAAGAGCGAUACAGAGGCAGGCAAUGCCAAGAAGAAGCCAAAAUCUGUCAAGUCCAAGAAUGCUGCUGCUGUUGCAGCCAACGAUGGCAAACCCCUCACUCGCUCCAAGAGGAAGUCUACUGGUGGCAUCACUGUAGCGCCAAAAGACAAAGCUGAAGAAGAGGGGGAGGAGGAAAGUAAUGUGGAGGGGAAAGGAGAGGUAGAGGUGGCCCCUAAAGAGGUGGAGGUUAAGGGGAAGAAGAGGCCCAAGUUGUGCUGGCCGAGGCACUCGGGGAAGCAGCCCAGUAUCUUCUCUAAGUUCAUGAGUAUGGGACGGAUCAGCUGCCACACAGGAGGGAAGACCGAGACAGCCAAACCUGACCAGGAGGAGACGGGUCCUAGCCAACCUCAGGAGAAUGAUGAUGGGGAACACGGGAGGAACCCUCAGGAGAAGGUAACAGAAGUGCCCGAGGAGGAGAAAGCUAAAAGUGAUGAGUGCCUGGGUGUGGACAUGAUGGAGCAUCUGUUCCAGGGCUGUCUGGUGUUGAGGACGCGUUGUCUGGAGUGUGAGUGUUACACCGAGAGGAGAGAAGACUUCCAGGACAUCAGUGUCCCAGUGCAGGAGGAAGAACCCUGCAGCCCAGACAGCAGCUCAGAGGUCUCCCCUGAUCCCAAACCGGUGCUGAAGACUCUGAAGUGGGCCAUCUCCCAGUUUGCCUCAGUGGAGAGGAUUGUAGGGGAGGACAAGUACUUCUGUGAGACCUGCCACCACUACACAGAGGCUGAGAGGAGUCUCCUGUUUGAUAAAACCCCAGAGGUCGUCACUAUCCAUCUCAAGUGCUUCUCAGCCAACGGGUUAGAGAUGGACCCGUACGGCGGCCUCUCAAAGGUGAACACCCCUCUACAGACCCCACUGAAGCUCUCUUUGGAGGAGUGGUGCACGCACCCCUCAGCCACUGCCACCGGAGGGCAGCACUACCAGCUGUUUGCUGUGGUCAUGCACAGCGGGGUCACCAUCUCCAGCGGACACUACACCACUUACAUCAGGAUGAUGGACCUUAAGGACACCAAGGUCCGUCUGCCCGAGGGGGAUGAGAAGCAGGGAGAAGAGGACUGUGGCGGGAAAGUGCCAGAUCCGGAACCCAAAGAAGAGGUGCUGGAUUAUGACGAUGGGGAAGUGUCCUUCAGUCUCCGUGGUAAAGCAGGACAGAGUGGUUCUGUGAAUGCUAACUCCACCAACACCAGUAAGAUGGGCUCCAAGAAGGCUUCAGACGGGGUAGGACUUCUGGGGGGUCAGAGGAGCCUGUCCAGCUAUGACCUAGGGGGCAACAAGCAGACAACCAACCCAGACAAAGCUGCCUGUACUGGGGUAGAGAGCAACACCACCAGAUCAUCCAGACGGACCUCCAGUGCCCCGGGACACAGCGGUAGUGGAGGGGUUAAGAAGGAGCCUGGGGAGGGCGAGGGGGGCGAGGAGGCCUCUGUGGCUGGGUGUGAGGGGUUUGGGGUGGCUACGGAGCAGGCCCUAAGCAGCCUGCUGCAGUAUGAAGGGAAGUGGAUGCUGUUUGACGACUCUGAGGUGCGUCUCUUUGAGGAGGAGGACUUUCUGAGAGCCUGUUCUCCAGAAACCUGCUCCACAUCUACCCCAUAUCUUCUGUUCUAUAGGAGGGUCUGAAACUUCUCUGUUUGUGGGUGAAUGAAGUAUUUUCUCAGAUGUUAUAGAGAAGUGUCGAGAGCAUUGGAAAAGAUCUGAGGUUUUGAGAACGAGUCAACUUGAGAUUCAGCCUGGUUGGCUUGCUGGGUUUGAUACUCCUGUCACUGAUGUUUAUAACCUGUAUAUGUCCUUUUUAAAAUGUUUUACUCUUCAGUUGAUCCUCUUUUUUUUGUGUGCUGGGAAUAUAACAUUAGCAGUCUACAAAAAUGCACCUUCGCACUUAUGACAUCAAGCAACCUGUCCUUUGAUUUUCCUGCCCUCGUGUUGAAGUGGUCUGAAUGGAAAGUACAAGAUUUCUCCCUGACACUUAUUUUUUUUUUGUUUCAGAUUAUUUUUUUUAUAAAGAGCACAUUUUUAUUCUUGUACAUCUUUAUCCUGUUCUGGCUUCAUGCCUUCUGUCUGUUGAUUAAUGUUCAUACUGUUGGUCUGUCAGAAAUAAGAGGACUAGUUUUGGCCAUAAUGUUUAAGUUCAGUUAGAUUCAGGCACUGGCCGUCUGGUUCUUGGUGGAAGAACUUUUGCACGUGAAAACUAAAUUACUUCUCUUGGUUGAUAUCAUUUUGUACAAGGUUUUAUAAGUGAAUUAAAGCAGUGAUGAAAUACCUAGCCAAUAAGAUAGACAAUCACUUUACAAAAUGCUAGUACAACAUUGCAUAGCUGUUAGUCUCAGAUUUGAUAUGUAUAGAGGGGGAAGUGGACUGUUGUUUUGGCUUCAGGGAUUGUCUACCCUAGGGCUCUAUUCAAUCCGUAUUGCAGAAGUUCAGCUGUAAAUUGAACGCCAAUGUUCCUGCUUUAGUGGAAACUGCAUUCACGGUAGACGCUGCGGAUAUCUGCUCAAUGGGGAAAUUACCUUUAAAUGUAUAUCGCGGAAUCUAAUGUUUCAGCUUUACAGAUUGAAUCGGGCCCCUAGUCUUGGCUUUUUCCUCGGUUGGUUUCCUCCUGAAGUUGUGCAGUUCUGUUCAAUGGCAGUACCUCAUUCCAGUGAAAAAGGUCUGUGGCCAUACUGUCUGACUUACUGGCCCUAUGAAAGAGCAUACCUAGAAUGAUAAAGUACUACACAAGCAAUAAAGUUUGAACUUUCAUGUAAAACUGACUUUCUAUUCAUCCUUUCCCUGCUGUGAAGUGUUAUAGAUUUAAAAUAAAUGGUUUGGCUUUGAAACCAGGACAGUAGAGUUACUUUUUAAUGUGAAUAAUUGCCACUCUCCUGUACAUGUAAUAAAGCACUGCAUUUCCAAAUGUUAUUUAACUAAUAUUUACCAAUCUACAAGGUGAUUGUCAAAUGUCACCAUGGCUAGUUUAACAGACCACAAUGGUUUAUUUAUACAUUUCAUGUAUUACUGGUCUGUUUACUUGGCAUCUUUUUUUUGGGGGGGGGGGUGUAUUCAUUUCAAAUAUAUUUAGUCUAAUACGUUUCUCCAGGCCUCACUUGUUCUUUGACUAGCACUAUUCAUCGCUGUCGAUAAUUUGGUUAUAACUUUUAAUAGUAACUUUAUCCACUGGUGAAUUGGGAGAGAGUGAGGUGAUUGCCAUCUAAGUAGGAGCCAACUUUUUUUUGCGUAAAUGCUGCCUGACAACUAAUCAAAGCAUUUAACUGCAGGGUUACUCCCACGUCAUAUGAAGGAAUGUGCCUACCUGAUUUUAGGGGACAGUGAACAAUUGGGAGUUGGGGACAAUUUCAUAAAACGUUUCCUUGGUGUUUAAAUAGUCAAAUUUAAAAUGUAUAAUUCAGAUUACGGAAUUUGUUUCAGUUUGUUAGUCUAGGCUACAACUAAAAUAAAAGUCUGGAUUUAUAUAUUAUACAAAAUGUUUGGUCAAUGGCUGCAUCAUGUUAUGGGUAUGCUUGUCCUCGCAAGGACUGAGGAGUUUGAUAAAAAAUCAAAUGAAAUAUAGCUAAGCACAGAGAAAAUUCUAGAGGAAAACCUGGUUCAGUGUGCUUCCCAACAGGUACUGGGAGACAAAUGAACCUUUCAGGACAAUAACCUGAAGCACAAGGCCAGUUGCUUACCAAGAUGACAUUGAAUGUUCUUGAAUGGCCUAGUUACAGUUUUGACUUAAAUCAGCUUGAACAUUUAUGGCAAGACUAGAAAAUAUCAACACUUGAGAGCCUGAAGAAUUUAAAAAAGAAUAAUGCGGAAAUAUUGUACAAUCCAGAUGUGCAAAGCUCUUAGACUUACCCAGAAAGACUCACAGCUGUAAUCACUGCCAAAGGUUUAUUGACUCAGGGGUGUGAACAUUUAUUAGAUGUAAAUGAGAUGUUUCUGCAUUUCAUUUUUAAUACAUUUGCAAACAUUUCUAAAAACAUGUUUUCACUUGGUCAUUAUGGGCUAUUGUGUGUGACUGGGUGAGGAAAAACUCAAAUUGAUUGGACUGGUAGAGGGGUAAUUGAUACAAGUUUAUCAAGCACUCUGUGACUUCGACCAGUACUUCAUUUAGCGCCGUCUCCAGAUCAGAUACAGAUCAGAUACAUUCUCCAUUUAGAGCACUCCUGAUGGCAGCGUCAUCUACCUUCAGAAUAUUGUCUGUCUUGUCUAUGAAGAUCAUUCCACUGGUUUCCUUUCUCACUUGGGACAAACUGGCUCCACAGAUGUUUCCCUUAAACUUCUCACAUCACACACAUUUAGAUUUGUGAACAGCCAUCCACAACAACCACAAUCCGUAAGGCGCAAACAGCUAAAUGAGAGUGCAGCAGUGAUUCACAUCAAUACGCUAACGUUAUAUGUAGCGGUGUUUUGGGGCGGCAGGUAGUCAAGUGGUUCGAGCGUUGGGCCAGUAACCGAAAAGUUGCUGGAUCGAAUACCCGAGCUGACAAAUUCAAAUCUGUCUUUCAGCCCAUGAACAAGGUUGUUAACCCACUGUUUCUUGGUAGGCCGUCAUUGUAAAUAAGAAUUUGUUAUUAACUGACUUACCUCGUUAAAUAAAGGUUAAUACAAAAAUACAUGUAUAUAAAAACUUUUUUAGUUCCAUAUCACCACUACUGCCAUCCUUCCCUCCAAGCAGUUAUUCAAGUUGGAUAAUCUUUGGAUGCAGUCGCACCAAUGGAAGACAUAGCUUGGCCUGUAACCUACAAAAGCCUAUUCCUGCUCGUUUCCCGCCUUCCAUCAAGCACAGUUGGUGUGUCAUCAUAUUGGUCUAUAAUUUGUGGUCAAAUGGAACACACAUUUGUGGUCAAAUGGAACACACUUACAUUAGCACGUGUUCAAUGCUGACUUGAAUGUCAUUGAAAAAACAGAAAAUUGUCAAAUAUUUUUUAUUCGCAAACAUCGUUUCUGAAUGUAAAAGUAAUUCUCAAAGUAAUCAUCUAGAUUGUUUUCCAAAGUAUCAGUCAUCUGAUUACAAUAUUGUUGCUGAUAAUGUAACGGUAGUUACCGUUUUGUAAUCCCUUAUAUGUAAAGGAUUACAUGUUAAUUCGUUACUCCCCAACCCUGGUUACAGCCUUAUUCUAAAAUGGAUUAAAUAGUUUUCCACCGUCAUAAACCCUAUAAAGACAAAGCAAAAACGUUGUCAUUUUAUUUUAUUUUUAUUGCAAACGUAUGCCUUCCGGUCCUGCAAUCUUUGUUUUUUUUGUAUUUAAUUUAUUUUUUAUUUUUAUGAACAGAUACAACAACAAAAAAAAAUAGAAAUAUAGAAACAAGAGAACAUAAACCUAACAGACAGGGGUAUUAUAUAUCAAGAUUCAUUUUCUAUUUGUUAAAUACUUUUAUGGUGCAUAUUGCCUUUUUGUUUUUUUACAUUUACUGAUAAUUUCAAAAUAAUAUUUACAUUCUAUCUUAAAUAAUGUGAAGAGGGGUUUGUUCUCUGCCCACUUCAUUGUAUGGACAAAGAAUCUUCCAUGAAAGAUAAACAAAUUAACAAUGAAAGUUAAAUCAGGGUCCAUAUCAUUUGGUUCAAAAUAAAACAAUAUCAGAGUCUUUCAAAUUAACAUUUUAUUUUAUUUUUUAUUAUUUAUUUAACUAGGCAAGUCAGUUAAGAACAAAUUCAUAUUUUCAAUGACAGCCUAGGAACAGUGGGUUAACUGCCUGUUCAGGGGCAGAACGACAGAUUUUGUACCUUGUCAGCUCGGGGGUUUGAACUUGCAACCUUCCGGUUACUAGUCCAACGCUCUAACCACUAGGCUACCCUGCCACCCCAUUAAUAGUUGCUUCUUUUAAAAUAAAAUCUUCUAACUCACUCAAAUCUUCUGACAUAAGAGCAGUCCCAAAAUAAAUGGUUAAGAGUCUCUGGGUCACAAUCACAAAAUACACAUUUGUUGUCAAUAGCUAUUUUAAAUCUGUGUAUAAUAAAAGGUCUUUACAGGGUAGAUUCUAUGAAUGAGUUUGUAUGAUACUUCUUUCACCUUAUUAGAUAUACAAUAUUUACCAGAUAACAAAACUUUGUUCCAGUACACUUGUCCUAGGGCUGCAUUCCAGUACAUUUUAGCAGAGGGAAUAGUAACAUAUUGACAGUUUCCUUGUAUACCUGUUAUUACAUUAUAGUUUAAAAUGUCAAUUCCUUCUAGUUGUAUGGAGGCUACAAAAUCCUCAACAGUUGCACUUGGAGUACUGUUAUAUUCUCCUAAAAGAAGAAUAGCACAUUUAGGGACAGCUCUAACAACAAUUUGAUACUCCUCAGGAGUGAAUGUAACAUUGUGUGUUCUAAUAAGUUCUGGAUAAUCAUAUAGUUGUCCAUCAUUAUUCAAUAAUUGUUUAACCUAAAUAAUGUUGUUGUCAAACCAGUUCUGGAAAAACAAAGACUUGUUUUUGUAUUUUAUGUCUUUAUUAUUCCAGAUUGUAUACCUAUGAGGGGAAACAUUGUGUUUGUACAUGAGCUUCCAAGUUAGAAGUACAUGUUUAUGAAAGUUUGCAAGCUUAAUAGGGAUUUUACCCAUAUCAAAGUUGCAUAUGAGUAAGAAUUCUAGACCACCAAUUUGUUGGAAUAUUAGAUUAGGGAUGACAUUCCAGAUGCUAUCCUUAUUUCUUAAAUAGUUUUGUAUCCAUUUAAUCUUAAAUAUAUUAGAGGUUUUAAAAUCCAGAGCAUUCAACCCUCCCUCACCUUGGGUGUUGCUCGAAUCUUUGUUCCUCCAGCAAAUCAAUUUAGCUCUGCCUGGGCAUGUUCAGGUGGGCACAGCGUCCAGGUCAGCGGUAUAAAGUUCUUAGGUAUAAAUACUUUUAGCAAUUACAUUCACUUUUGAUACUUAAGUAUAUCUAAAACCAAAUACUUACGACUUUUACUCAAGUAGUAUUUUACUGGGUGACUUUCACUUCAGUCAUUUUCUAUUAUGUUAUCUUUACUUUCACUCAAGUAUUACAAUUGGGUACUUUUUCCACCCCCGGUCCAAGUAAAUGUAGAACAGUGGCACGUUCAACAGGACACGUUUUGGAACGUUCACAGUCAUGUUAUGUAGAACAAACAUGUUAAACAAGGACUCAUCUAUAAAUGGCCCUUUUUUUUUAUCUGCAACAAAGAUUUGGCAACGGAAUGUGGCUCAGACCCUGUCCGGUCCCCUUCCUCAUGAGGCAACAUUGCCAUACACUUGAGCAAAUCAUUGAUUAUCUGUCAAGUAUGAAAGUUCCACAUAACGAAAAUUUACGAGGUGAUAUAAUCGUCCAACACGGCCUUCAUCUUCCCAUAAUAUGUUCUAUGGAUAGUCUUCAAAUGCGGUUUUAAUAAUACUUACCCUGUUAAAUGGUUUAGUCCUCCCUCCAACUGUGAUUGUUCUUCCCAAAUGAUUAUCAAGAUUACUACACCUACAACUGUAGAACCCUUAAGUAUUCAUUUUCUGCACGCUGCACAAAUUAACCAAUGAUUGAAUGACACGUAUUUGAGAUCAACUACGUAGCCAGCACAUUGGAGAUGUUGCAUCACAGAUGAGGGCAGCAUCCGCUUGGCGUUUUAGGAAACACAAUGUGAGAACAUAGAACGCAGUGGGGACCCGUUAUUCGAGCCCCACAAAUUAAUUAAUUAAAUUAAUUACAUACAUAUAUAUAUAUAUAUAUAUAUAUAUACAUACAUACAUACAUACAUACAUACAAGUUAGCCUCUUUUGCAUAUUCUUUUGGCAUUAAUACGUGUCACAUAUCAGUUUGCAAACAAUGUAAAAAUAUAUAGAAUUGUGUUAAUAAAGCCGCAUAAAAACGUGGUCUCUUUUUUGUUUUCUGGAGUAAGGCAGCUCCAAAAUGCAGGUGUUUCAGCCUAGCUCAGUGCUUUCUGUGGUGGUAGGACAAGCGUUGCGCCCUGCUUGGCUUAGUGUUCUGUCACUCACGGGGACACUACGUCACCGUCAAGUCUAAGGGUAGAGCUAGAAAAUUCUAGCCUCUUGGGUGCUGCCAUAGAGUACAUUAGAAGUGCCCAUCCAAAUCCUUUUUAACCCUUGUCAUAUGAAGAGAAAUGAAAACAUAUCGGUGCUCAUCGAUCAUUGGAUAUAAACGUCACACAACAAGUUGGAAAUCACAGACUCAACAAUGAGUGGUUUGGAAGGAAUCAGUGACAGUGGCUAACUGCAAGCAUUGCAAAGCAAUCACUAGGCUACUAUUCAGUGGAGUGGCUGUGUGGUCCCAAAUCUGGGCGUAAGGGUCUCUUUUCCAAGUUUAAAAUUAUAAACAUUGAACGUUGGCCAUGCAGUCAAUGAAGCAUGAUAUGUGCCACGCUCAAAACAACUUAACUCAGAAUGACAAAAACUUCACUUCAGACAACUGGUAAAUCGGGAAUAAACGAGCUCCGACUGGGAACGGUCAUCCAACUUGGAAUUGUAAAUCCUGCCUCUUUCUAGAGCUACGACCUGAAGAUCAAUGACAUCAUCAUGAUUCAACCUUGUUUCCCCCCCAAGAGUUCCCAGUUGUUUUGAAAGCGCCAUAAAUCCAGAGAGCACAGCACAAGUGAGUGUAACGGAUGUGAAACGCUAGCUUAGUUAGCGGUGGUUCGCGCUAAAUAGCGUUUCAAUCGGUGACGUCACUUGCUCUGAGACCUUGAAGUAGUAGUUCCACUUGCUCUGCAAGGGCCGCGGCUUUUGUGGAGCGAUGGGUAACGAUGCUUCGUGGGUGACUGUUGUUGAUGUGUGCAGAGGGUCCCUGGUUCGUGCCCGGAUAUGGGCGAGGGGACGGUCUAAAGUUAUACUGUUACAUGAGCACAGCACAACAAGGUGAGUCCAAAAACGUAUUGUAUGCUGCUGCAUACUGUAGCUAAGAAAGUAAUACUAUGUUGUGUAGAAAGCUGUUCGUAGCCCAUGUGAUUCACCCUAAUAAUUUGGUCUAUUUACCCCUCUUAAUUUCACCUACUGUUCUGACCUGGUGGUGCACAUGUAGCCUAUAACCUGUUUUAGAGAAAGGUAAUCAUUGAAUAUUGUAAGAGCUAUCAUUAUCUGCUUAUAAGCCCCCCCUAUUUAUCCUACAGUUCUGACCUGGUGUACAGGGAGAACACGAAGAACAGCCCAUGUUCUGAAUUCUGCCGUGGUACAUUUAAAAAAUGAUAAACAAAGUUAUUUAUAUUGACUAUGUCCGUCCUAGCUUGCUCAUUAAUGUCUUAAUCGAAAUUAUGGAUUGCCUCUUAUCCGCUUGUCGUCCCCUUAUGCCACAUAUCAAUUGUCAUUAGAAACCACAUUUAUUUAAGCAAGUCAGCCAUACCAGCAGUUUUUUUCCCCAAAGGCAGUAAAUGAGGCUGAAUGAACUGUUUCGCUGCCAGACAAGGCUCCGCUGAUAGCCAGGUGUAGCAGUGGUAAGAUGUUGGGACUCUGCUGAUAGCCAGGUGUAGCAGUGGUAAGAUGUUGGGACUCUGCUGAUAGCCAGGUGUAGCAGUGGUAAGAUGUUGGGACAGCUUAAUGUAGGUCCUAACAGUUUGUGGGCACCAUUUGUCACCGUUAUAGUGCAAUUCAUGUAUUGUUUAGUGAUGUGUAGUGGCUUUGCUGGCAUGCAUCCCACUUUUUUUUGCCCCAAGAUUGACAUGCAAAAAUCGCAACUGAUUGAACUUUGGCCGACAUUUCGCAAAUGUUCUCACCAAUUAAACUUUUGAUCUCAAUACAGUUCUGUUCCCAAAAUUAGAAUCUGUUAAAGUUUUGUAGACUUUACACUUUGCCAAAGUUUUUAAAAAUGGCAUUGUUGAGGAGUGCAAAGGCAAAUUAAGUUAUUGUACACGCACACUUCAGAGUAGGCGUUCCUUAACUGAAAUAUACAAAUUGUUAGAAUGCACCAAUUAAAUCUCGCUAGCUCAUGCUUGGCUCUGCCCACCUCCUUGCCUGUUCUGCCCAGUAUGACUCAUUUGUUCCAAUUUGAAACGACGGGCUGUGGUCUCUUGGGAGAAAAAGGGGUAAAAAUUCAAAUAAAAUUUUAAAAAUUGGUUGCAUUGCAUCUCUUCACAGAUUAUCCACUACAUUAACCAGAUACUCUAGACUCUAGAGGCCGCUCUAACAAUAAAAAGUCGGGAGGAGGAAAGAUCAGGUGGGGCCAUUCUAGCCAAUGAGAGGGCAGAUACGUGUGUGUGAACAGGCACAACGGUUUCCACAAAGUCACCCAAAAAACUAAAAUGAGCUUUUUGGUCCUAAAUUAAGGUUAGGUAUAAGGUUAGCAGUGUGGUUGAGGUUAGGUUGAAAAUCAAAUUUAAAAAGAUAAAUUGUAGAAAUAGGCAGGGUUUAUGACUUCGUGGCUGUGGUAACUAGGGACAACCAGACUUAUUUUGGGCCCAGUGAAAGAGGAAGAGAGGUCCCACUCGGCAAAAAAUCUGUCUCCCUUCAGCACCAGGCGUUUUUUCGUUGUUUUACCCGCCGAGCCAGGAGCCUUUGUACGUAGGUCAAUGAGUGUGGUCGAAUUUGGACAACAACAUUUUUAUGGCUUAUUUGCUACAUGAGGUUUAUUUGAUCAAAUAUAAGUUUCACAAAUGCUUAAAAUUGCUUAAGUUGUUACAAAUGUAAGUAGGACACGUGACAUCCUGGCAACUUUGAGAAUAAACAGGUUCAGACAGUGGCUUGUUGAUGCCAAGGGAAGCCAAAAUUCCAACCCCCAAAAUGUACCAAAACAUACAGGGAAUUUGGAAAGUAUUCAGACCCCUUGCCCCUUUCCACAUUGUUACUUUACAGCCUUAUUCUAAAAUUUGAGGGGGGGGGGGGGGAUUAUUGAAUCAAUCUAUAAACAAUACCCAUAAUGACACAGCGAAAACAGAGUUUGAAAUAUUUGCAAAUGUUUUGAAAAUAAAAAACUGAAAUACCUUUUUUUAUAGAAGUAUUCAGAUCCUUUGCUAUGAGACACGAAAUUGAGGUCAAGUAUAUCCUGUUUCCAUUGAUCAUCCUUGAGAUGUUUCUACAAAUUAAUUGGAGUCCACCUGUGGUAAAUUCCAUUAAUUGGACAUGAUUUAGAAAGGUACAUACCUGUCUAUAUAAGGUCCCACAGUUGACAGUACAUGUCAGAGCAAAAACCAAGCCAUGAGAUUGAAGGAAUUGUCCAUAGAGCUCCGAGACAGGAUUGUGUCGAGAUACAGAUCUGGGGAAGGGUACAAAAACAUGUCUGCAGCAUUCAAGGUCCCCAAGAACACAGUGGCCUCCAUUCUGAAAUUAAAAAUGUUUGGAACUACCAAAAGACUCGUCCCCGUUUGCUUAGUUUGGACGUGCGGCCAGCUACGAAGGGCCUUGGUCAGGGAGGUGAACAAGAACCCAAAUGGUCACUCUGGAAGAGCUCCAGAGUUCCUCUGUGGAGAUGGGAGAACCUUCCAGAAGGACAACCAUCUCUGCAGCCCUCCACCAAUGAGGCCUUUAUGAUAGAGUGGCCAGACGGAAGCCACUCCUCAGUAAAAGGCAUAUGACAGCCAGCAUAGUUUGCCAAAAGGCACCUAGAGGACUCUCAGACCAUGAGAAAAAAAAUAUUCUCUGGUCUGAUGAAACCAAGAUUUAACUCUUUGGGCUGAAUGCAAAGUGCCACAUCUGGAAGAAACUAGGCACCGCUCAUCACCUAGCCAAUACCAUCCCUACGGUGAAGCAUGGUGGUGGCAACAUGCUGUGGGGAUGUUUUUUGGCAGCAGGAACUGGGAGACUAGUCAGGAUCGAGGGAAAGAUGAACAGCGCAAAGUACAGAGAGAGUCUUGAUGAAAACCUGCUCCAGAGCGCUCAGGAUUUCCGACUGUGGGGAAGGUUCACCUUCCAACAGGAUAACGACCCUAAGCACACAGCCAAAACAACGCAGGAGUGGCUUCGGGACAAGUCUCUGAAUGUCCUUGAGUGGCCCAGCCAGAGCGCGGCCUUGAACAUCUCAGGAGAGACCUGAGAAUAGCUGUGCAGCGACGCUCCUCAUCCAACCUUAGAGCUUGAGAGGAUCUGCAGAGAAGAAUGGGAGAAACUCCCCAAAUACAGGUGAGCCAAGCUUGUUGCGUCAUACCAAAGACUAGAGGCUGUAAUAGCUGCCAAAGGUGCUUCAAUAAAGUACUGAGUAAAGGGUCUGAAUACUUAUGUAAAUGUGAUUGUUUUUUAUUUUGAAUACCUUUGCAAACCUGUUUUUGCUUUGUCAUUAAGGGGUAUUGUGUGUAGAUUUAUGGGAAUGAAAAAACUAAAUCAAUUUUAGAAAAUGUUGUAACGCAACAAAAUGGUGAAAAAGGGGUCUGAAUACUUACCGAAUGCACUCUAAAAUAAAUGCAUCUUUCGUCUUUGUUUCAUCAUUUUCUUUAAAUUCACACGAGGCUGAAUGUAUCUUACCAGAGAAAGCAUCCGAGUGAGCGAAACAACGCCCCUCUUCCUCUGUAGGCCAUCUAUCUAAUUCUGUCUGGUCAAAAAGAGUAUGACAAUGUUGCCACCCCAUAGCAUUGAAUUCAAGAAAAGCCAGCAUGCAUUU